CGGCAAUAGUUUUAUUGUCGAGGUAUGUCUGAAAGAUGCUGCAUUUCUAUCUGCCCUCCAUGAGCUCCGGGAGCUUCAUGAGGGAAUCAUCAUUGAUGUCUCCCUCUUGAAUAUCUUUCUCCCCCGGUUUCCCGGAGCUCUGUACCCAAAUCCCGGGAUGCCGUUGUCGCAAAGAAAUUUGUAACACGGUAUUCUCGCCUUCUCUUUCCCCAAACAUCUCACGCAGGCAAUGUAAGCUGGGCAAACAAAUCUAACCCUUCCAGUUAGGCAAGAUGCAGAUUUUCGUCAAGACCCUCACGGGGAAGACGAUCACCCUUGAGGUGGAGUCUUCCGACACCAUCGACAAUGUCAAGUCCAAGAUCCAGGACAAGGAGGGCAUUCCCCCGGACCAGCAGCGAUUGAUCUUCGCUGGUAAGCAGCUGGAGGAUGGCCGCACCCUGAGCGACUACAACAUCCAGAAGGAGUCUACCCUCCACCUGGUCCUGCGCCUGCGUGGUGGUGCCAAGAAGAGAAAGAAGAAGGUCUACACCACCCCCAAGAAGAUCAAGCACAAGCGCAAGAAGACCAAGUUGGCUGUCCUCAAGUACUACAAGGUCAGCAACGAUGGUAACAUCGAGCGUCUCCGCCGAGAGUGCCCCAGCGACACUUGCGGCGCUGGUGUCUUCAUGGCUGCUAUGCCUGACCGUCAGUACUGUGGUCGUUGCCACCUGACCUACGUCUUCGACAAGCAGUAAACGACAAACUUUUUAAAAAAUGGAAAAAUUAUUGUGGAUUGGACAGCUGGAGCCAUGGGACUGCCAUAACACACAAAGGCGUUGAUGUAGCAUAGAGAGCACAUCCGGCGGCUUCUGGUAAUGAAUGCUUGAUUUGAGACACGUUUGGAGUUUUCGGAAACUGUAGUUCAUGUGACAAUGUGCAACGAUUGCGGGACUAAA